AAGAUGGCAGUAGAAUCACUACUCACUUUUGCUGCUGAAGGAAUACUGAAGAAGGUAGCUUUGCUUGCCGCUCAAGAAUUCAUGCUGGCAUGGGGAUUUAAAGGAGAGCUAAAAAAGCUCGGUCAAUCGCUAUCUGUCCUUCAAGAUUUCUUAGGUGGUGCGGCUGAGCAAGCACGAGAUCGGGGCAAGGCAGUGGAAGAUUGGGUGGAGAAACUUAAAGACAUAGCUCAUGAUGCUGAUAACGUCUUGGAUGAAAUCAACUAUGAAAUUCUCCGGAGUCAAGUGGAACUGCAAAACCAUAUGAAGAAAAAGGUACUCAACUUCCUUUCUUCCUCAAAUGCCACUUUGUUUCGCCAAAAAAUGGCCCAUAAAAUUAAAAAAAUCAAUGCAUCUCUGGCGGAUCUCAAGAGCGAGGCAUCGUUCAUUGGAUUGGUUGCAAAGAAAAUUGAUCCAGUUGCCCAAGGCAUGGGGAGCAGGGAAACUGUCUCAAGCUUUGAUGACGAUGAAAGUAUCUUUGGAAGGGAGGAGGUUGUGUCAGAUAUAGUAAAGACCUUGAUCAGCUCCAAUAAUCAACAAAAGCUUUCGGUUGCGGCAAUUGUGGGAAUGGCAGGCUUAGGAAAGACAACUUUGGCUAAGUCAGUGUACAACGACGAUGCUAUAGACAAGUCAUUUGACAAAAGAAUAUGGGUUUGUGUCUCUAACACCUUUGAAGUGAAUUUGAUUUUAGGCCGGAUCUUAGAACUACUUAAUUCAGCAAAGACCGGAAUUCAAAGUCAGGAGGCAUUGCUUAAAAACCUCAAAGAAGAGUUGACAGGAAAGCGAUAUAUGCUUAUACUCGAUGAUGUUUGGAACGAAGAUGAUAUAAAAUGGAACAUCUUGAUGAGUUGCUUGUCGAAACUCAAUUCUGCUCAGGGAAGCACCAUAAUUGUCACUACCCGCAGUGCCAACGUUGCAUCAAUCAUAGAAACACUUCCUAGAUAUGAUUUGAAAAAUCUAUCAACAGAGGACUGUUGGUCCAUCUUGAAGCAUAGAGCUUUUCCGAAUGGUAGUACUCCAAUAGCUCCAGAUCUGGAGAGAAUUGGAAAAGUGAUUGCUGAAAAAUGUGCUGGCAUACCAUUAGUGGCAAAGGUUUUGGGAGGCAUGAUGCAUUCUAAAAACAGUACAGAUGAAUGGUUGUCAAUUCAAGAAAGUAAAAUAUGGGAAUUACCACAAGGAGAGGAUAGAAUUAUCUCAGCUUUGAAGUUGAGUUUUGAUGCUUUGAAAUCCCCAUCUCUGAAACAAUGUUUUGCAUAUUGCUCAAUAUUCAUGAAAGAUGUGGAAAUUGAAAGGGAUGACUUGAUCCAACUUUGGAUGGCUCAAGGAUUGCUCCACUCUUCAAGUUCUUUAGAGAUGGAGGACAUAGGUAAUGAAUAUUUUUAUAUUCUAUUGGAGAACUCCUUUUUUCAAGAUGUUGUAAAGGAUGACUGGGGCAUUAUUACCAAAUGCAAGAUGCAUGAUCUUGUGCAUGAUCUUUCUGAACUAGUGUCAAGAUAUGAUGAGGAAGAUAAGCUUGACGUUGGACAGGCACAAUUUCCUUCUUUAAUACCGAAAAAAAUUUCAGAAAGAAAUGCUGGGAAAUUGCGAUCCUUGUUUGUGAAUGGUGAAGCCCUUGGUAACAUCUUGGCAAGCUUUAAGUCUUUACGUGUCUUGAAACUAUACAGGUCUGAUAUUGAGGGGUUGCCUAUUUCAAUUGGUGAGCUAAAACACUUGAGAUAUCUAGACGUUUCUGAAACACACAUCAAAGAGCUCCCCAAAUCUAUUGGUAGGCUCUACAACCUACAGACACUAAGAAUGCCUAGUUCAAGCAGUCUUCAAACGUUUCCGAAGGAGCUACAAAAUUUGAUCAACUUGAGGCAUGUUUAUUUCAAUGAGUAUAUAGAAGUUCCAUUUGGGAUAAGAAGAUUGACCCAUCUGCAAACACUACCUUCCUUUACUCUGGAUGGGACAAGAAGUCAUGGAAUUGACGAGCUGGGUGGCUUGAACAAAUUGAAAGGCGAGCUGAUUAUUAGAUCUUUGGAAUAUGUGAGGGGCAAAGACGAAGCGAAAGAAUCAAAUUUAGCUGGGAAGACAAACAUACAAAGCUUGAGACUUGAAUGGGGCAAUUCCAGGGAAAGAAAUGAUGAUGACAAGGAAGUACUAGACGGCCUCGAACCACACCCUAAGUUAGAAAGCUUAUAUAUCAGCAGUUUCUUGGGUUCUAAAUUUGCGUCAUGGAUGAUGAGUGGAUUGCCAGGAAAUUUGAAAAAGAUUGUUCUGUCCAAUUGCAGAGAAUGUGAAGUAGUCCCAACACUUGGCCAUUUACCAAAUCUUAGACAUGUUGACUUUUACUUUAUGGAUAAGCUUAAAUGUCUAGGAGAUGAGUUUUAUGGUUAUAACCAAACCAGGCCAGCUUUUUUCCCAGCAUUGAAAACCUUACGAUUUAGUUCUUGCCACGCUUUAAUUGAAUGGAAGGAAGCAACUGUGAUGUCAACAGUGGCGGUAUUUCCCUGCCUGGAGGAGUUGAGUCUCAGUUCUUUGAUGCAAUUGAAAAACGCUCCCAGUCAUUUUCCAUCUCUCCAGAAGUUGCACAUACAUGUUCUUGACAAUGUCAUGCCAAUUGAAAACAUAUGCAGCCAACUAACCACUCUCACUUCCCUCUAUAUGCAAGGGAUUAAGGAGCUUACUUCUCUGCCAGUAGGGAUGGUGGAAAAGAACCAGAAUCUUCGGUCACUGAUUAUCGGCCAUUUUGAAAACCUGAGGCACUUACCUGAUGGGCUGCUACAUAAACUUCCUCUUCUUGAUGAGUUGUUUAUAUCAAGUUGCCCUAAUCUGGAGCUCAUUCCAAUUACAGAAGGCUUACCAUGUCUCCGGGAACUCAAAAUUAAGGAUUGUAAGAAACUAUCAAGCUUGCCAAGUGGGUUAAAAUAUUGCACCUCUCUUCAGAUGUUGAGUAUAAGUCGUUGCCCCAAUCUCACAUCAAUUCCAAUUCCACAACAGUUCAGUAUUGCUUAUUGCCCUAAGCUAACAUCCAUUUCAAUUCACAGUCUCACCUCCCUCCGCAAAUUGUUUAUUUAUGAUUAUGGACCGGAAUCCAUCAGUAGUUCUCUGGAGGAGUUGUCUUUACUUGGUUGCACAUCCCUCCGUGAAGUGAACAUUCGAAAUUGCAAGGGGUUCUCAAGUAUAUUGAGUGGACUAAAAUCUUGUACUUCUCUUCGUUCACUGUGUGUUGAUACUUGUCCAAACUUGAUGCAUUUACCGAUUGAUGGGCUGCAAACCCUCGUCUCUCUUGAGGAGCUGAGAAUAUGUUAUUGCCCUAAUCUAGAGGCUGUUCCCAAUUUGGACUACCUGACAUCCCUCCGUGAGUUGCAUAUUUAUAGCUGCAGAGGAUUGACAAGUAUACCAAGUGGGCUAGCCUCCUGCACAUCUCUUACCAAUUUGUCAAUCGACUCAUGCCCCAACUUGGUAUCUAUAGCAGAGGAUGUAUCCAGGCUGCAAUCCCUAACUCGUUUAUCAAUAUAUGACUGUGGGAAGUUACAAUGUUUGCCGACUGGCCUACAGUUUCUGACCCGUUUGGAACAUCUGACAAUUGGUAAGUUCUCGGAGGAGCUUGAUUCUUUCCCUGAUUUUGAGGCUCCAUCACAUGUUGAAGAAUUAAGGUUGUGGGGAUGGCCAAAGCUCAAGUCUCUGCCUCAACAAAUUCAACACUUCACUUCUCUAACAUCUUUGUCUAUAAUAUCUUUUAACCAAGUGGAGGCUUUGCCAGAGUGGUUGGGUAACCUUACAUCCCUUACCUUCUUGGGUAUUCAGAGGUGCGAGUAUCUGAUGUAUCUACCUCCGGUCAAAGCUAUGCAACGCCUUGACAAAUUACAAGAGCUAGUGGUUGAUGGAUGUACCCGUUUAGAGGAAAGAUGUGCAAAAAAGGUUGGCCUAGAAUGGCCCAAGAUUUCUCAUGUUCCAAACGUCACAGUUUACUGAUGGAUUAAUAAGCUUGGGGGAAGGGGAAGUACAUGUCCAAAGAGUUGCUUCAAGUUUCACAUUGAAGU